AUGUGGACCCAAGCCAACGCAAAGACUCUCUUCCUCACCGUCGCCGGCACGCAGUUCGCGUACCGCCUAAUCGGCAACAGCACGCCGGCCGCCGCUGGCUCUCCACCACUGCUACUCCUCAACCACUUCCGCUCUACCAUUGACCUCUGGGACCCGCUCCUCGUCGACGGCAUCGCCGCGGGCGGCCGCCAGGUGAUCACAUACGACUACUCGGGCAUAGGCCUCAGCGGGGGCGAAGUCAAACUGUCCAUCCGCGAGUUCGCGGGCGACGUGAUCGCCUUCCUGACCUCCCUCCUCCCGACCCUCCCCAACAACGUCACGAACGUCGACGUGCUCGGCUUCUCGAUUGGCGGGUACGUCGCCCAGCAACUCGUCCUCGACGCGCCCGACCUCGUCAACAAGCUCGUGCUGGCCGGCACGGGGCCCUCGGGCAGCCUCGGCACGCCGCGGCACCCGCCCAUGGCAGAGGUACAAACAGGGAUCAUGGGCGCCGUGCCCGACGGCGCCGCGACCGCCGACGCCUUCUUCCCCUCCUUCACCGCGCGGGAUGAGGGCAACGCCUGGCUGGGCCGGAUCACGGCGGGCGGGCGCGCGGCGACGGCCGGCAAGAACGGCGAGCCGCCGUUCGCCUUCUUCCUGACGGGGCCCGGGCUGCCGCGCCUGAUCCGCGCGUACCUGGGCUGGGACGCCGACCCGCUGCCGUACGCGCUGCUGCAGACGGUGCAGAAGCCCGUGCUGGUGACGGCGGGGGACAAUGACUUGGUCGUCGGCACGCCGAACUCGUUCGAGCUCGCGCGCCAGAUCCCGAACGCCAACUUUGUCAUGUUCCCUAGUUCGGGGCAUGGGCAUUUGUUCCAGUAUGCCGAGUUCUAUGCGAAGCAAGUCACGAGUUUUCUGAAUGGAGAGUUUCCGACCGCGCCCAAGGUUGCUGGCGUUAUUGCGCCGCUCGGCUCGCAGGGCGUGUGA